GUUCGUGCCUUUGAAAGAAAGAGUUUGUCUGUGGAGGGAGAGACUGAGUGACUUAAUCGUCAAAUUAGGAUGUUUCUUCUUGUCUGGGUGACUCUGCUCUUCGCUGUGGGAAGCAACUAUGCCAACAAAGAUGCAUCUCAAGAACAAACAACAUGCUCUCAAAAUGGACCCUGCAUCAUGCUUAGUGAUGCAGAACUAACAGCAGAGGCUGGACUCUGUGUUGUGAUACCUUGUCAUUUUACCACUGAUCCUGACAUCCCUUUGGAACUUAGAGUCUGGCACAAAUGUGAUCCUUCUAAACAGAACUGUAGUGAUUCUGACAUAGUGCUCCACUUGAACGACUCCAGUCCUAAUGCUCAUACUGGGUCUAGAGUACGAGCGUCACUGUUGGAGCCUGAUCUGAGCCAGAAGAACUGCAGCAUCAUCAUCAAUGACCUUAGUGAGUCCCUCUCUGGAUCAUAUCAUUUCAGACUUAAUGGUAUCCUGAAUGGAACAGAGCGAAAAUAUGCAUCUUCUGGAGCAAAUGUCACUGUAAAAGGUCUGACCCAGAAGCCCACAGUGAUGAUUCCUCCUCUGACAGAGGGACAGCAGACCACACUGACCUGCACUGCUCCUGGUCUCUGCUCUGGAUCUGACCAUAAAAUCACCUGGAUGUGGGGAGGAGCAGGAGAGACGGACUCUCACAUCACAGGAAACAUCACUGCUUUCAAGACUGAGAAUCUGACUGCUGUCACUCAGAGACACAGCUCAAAUUUGACCUUUAACCCCUCAGCUAAACACCACGGGACCAAUGUCACCUGUAAGGUCAGCUUUGCAAACAGCAUCUCAACAGAGGAGACGGUGACUCUGAACAUCAGCCUGAAAGGCAACACGGCUACAGAGAAAAUGACGACUCCUGACGUGACCAAUGUGAAGAAAUCUGAAAUAACUGGAAAUACAAGUGUAAAUGAGGGGGAUGUUCUGAGUCUGACCUGCAGUUUUGAGAGUUUCCCUCCGUCUCUUGUCAUAUGGAGUAAAGUCCCAUCCAAGAAAAACCUGAACAGUGUACCUGAUACUAACCUGCAGAACAGCACUGGAUCAGCCACUCUUGUCAUCCCUAAUGUAACAGCAGAACAUACUGGACAAUACAUCUGCACAGCAACACAUCUGAACAAAACUCUGACUAUGUAUGCCAACGUCACUGUGAUUUUGUCUCCAAAGAUCCUAAAGAGCUCCGGAUGCAUUCAUCAGUCAGAGGUCCUGACUUGUGUGUGUAUUAGUGAAGGGUUUCCUUUGCCCACCAUCAAAUGGCCGCUGUUGGAGAACCACACUGAGUACUCAGUCCUUAUCGCCGUAUCAAACCACACGGUCAACAGCACUGCCACCCUGACUGUAAAAGACCACAGCACUUCUGUUGAGUGUGUCAGCAGCAAUACAAAUGGGGAAGCAAAAGAAAACCUCAUCAUAAGCAAUGCAGAACAGAAACAAAAAGAAGAAGGUGAAGUCAUAAAAGUGUUACGAAUUAUCACACGGUGGGAAAUUAUCAUUGCAUUUUUGGUUGGCACCUUUCUAUCUGCAAUCAUUUGCUGUUUGGCAAGAAAAUGUCACAGAAAAAAACAAAGGAUAUAUGGAAAUCUGGCCGAGACUCUGGAGAUGGUGUCAAGUCACGAGGAUCCUCCGGUAGAUGCUGGUCAAGCAGUGGAAGAUUAUCAGUCCAUCGACCAAGUGGCAGAUGAAGCAAGAGGAGCCGUGGUGGUGGGGAAAUCGGAAGUGGAGUACUCCAAGAUUGAUUUCUCCCUGAUUAAAAGGAAGGAUCCAGAAGAGGCAGGAGAGACACAGGGGACCACUGAGACAGAGUACGCUGAAAUUAAAGAACUAAAGAAAAUUAAAGAAGAAUCAGAGGAGGAUCAAGAUGAAGAGGGUGAGGAGGAAAUGACUGGUGAGGAUGAGGAGAAAAAACAUUGUGAACCAGAGGAGAAGGAAGGUGAAGGUGAAGGUGAAGGUGAGGAUGUGGCACUGUAUUCCAGUGUUAGGAAAACAAAUAAAUAAGUCAGAUCUGAUAGUGCUGCUUAGGUGCUUGAAGAUAAAGAUUACUUCUGUAAUUUGCUCUGAUUAGAUUACUUCUUGAUGUUGUGUGAUUUUUUUUUUUUCCUGCAACAUAUUCAUUGAUUUUGUGGUUUUCAAAAGCUAAACUGAGCCUGCGGUAACCCUCAAAUGAUAUUGUGUAACUGUCAUAAGGUAAUACUAGUCAUAAGUGAGUCAGCUUUGUACAGUAGCAGCAUUGACCACUGUGCAGUAGUUUUUAAAAAGUUGUAUUAGUACAGAGAUUUGUAGAUAAUUUUUUGGACCUACAAGAGCAGCUGUCAUUCAAAUUACAUUGUUACCACAACAAAAGUACAUAUUACAUGUACAAAUCAUACUUAAUAAAGAUAUUUGUACCUUCUUGUGACCUAACUCAACAUUCAAGACCUACUCUAAAGACUGUAGAACUAAGAAAAGGUAAAAAGCUGAUAAAAGUUACCAGCUACAGCUUUAACUGCUGAAUAUAGCAAUUUUAACAUAUUAUUGUGCUCUAUAUAGUAUUAUUUUUAAAGACCAGAGAGCUUAUAUCAUAUACAAGGACCAUUUUUCAGGAUUUAGCGACAUCUAGCAGUGAGGGUGGAGACUGCUACCAGCUGAAUACCCUCAGUUCACCCCCAUUUAAAGAACUUCUGGUGGCCUUCAGGUAACCAUAGAUGUAUUGGGGCGCCCGAUGGCUCAGUGGGUAGAGCAUGUGCCCCAUGUACAAAGGCUGUGUCCUGGCUGCAGCCUCGACUCUGGCUUACAGCCCCCUGCUGGGUGCCCCUCUCCCUUCCCCCAUCACGCUUAAUAACUUAAAAGUUUCAUAGAUCUUUUUCUCUGCAAUACUGUGAAUUGAAAGCAAGGCGCAAGAGGCCCUCUUUACAGGCAGUGCUAGGUUUGUCCAUUCUGGGCUACUGUAGAAAAAUGCCAGUGAAACAUGGCUGACCCUUCAGAUAUGAAGGGAUCAUUCUAAGGUAAUGAAAACACAUGAUUCUUAGUUUCAGGUGAUCAUACACUAAAAAAACACAGUUGAGAAUAUUAUAUUCUGUUUCUGCUAAUAGAUCUAGAUUACGGGUCCUUCAAGUUAUCUGAGAAUUUAGUUCAAAUUACUUUGUUUUUGAUAUGAACACACAUAUAAACCCGAAUUUACAGCACUGUCUUCUGCUGUCACAAAGACGGGAAAUCACUGUGUGAGAGGAUGUGAGCCUAAAAUAGCAUCUGAAACACCAACCAGGUGUCAGUUGUUUUGCAUACUUGGUUCCUCAUAAAAGGGAAGAAAGCAAGAAUCUGUGGCUUGGCUUUUAAGAGGCUCACAUACAGUAUACAUGCCUCCUUCAACUUUAUUAACAUUACACAGUUCCUUUUUAUUGGUAAUGCCCCUGUAAGGCCUAUGUGGGGAAACCCAAAAUUCACAGUAAAUGAAAAGAAAAUGAAACUGUCAUACUGCUGAUUAUGUUUUUUGUGUUUCAAGGUGGUAGGCCAGGUUCUGAAAAUCAAGUCUUUAAACCUGAAUUGAAAAUAGGUAAUCUGUCCUUUACAGAUCUGUCACACUUAGGCUGCAUUCACAAUUGCCAAUCCUGCAUUCACUGAUCACUGGUGAUGAGACUGGAAAAACUCCCACAGUCCAUGGAAACAAGUAAUACAAUCUCUUUCUAUCAUUAGAUAUUAUAUUGAGUAAAAGAAAUAUAGCAUAUUAACAGCUCGUGUGCAGCCUGCUGUCCUACAAAGGAGAGCACACAUUGUGUGUGCAUGCAUUUAUGUCAGUAUUGAUACUACACUGAUGAUAAUUAAAAGUCUCUAGAUCUUUCAAGCCAACAUAAACAAACUUACUAAGACAAAUACUCACUUGCUUAGACUGAGCGAGUGGUUUUCUCUCCACCCUCCACUCUCCACCCACACACAAAAGGGCCAUUUAAGUGACACUCCCACACCGGCCCACAACCCUGCAGCUUAUCGCUACAAAAUCUGAUUUGCUGUGAAUGCAGCCUAAAAAUUUGUUGUAAAAUUUAGGAAAUUAAAAAUACUUGGUUAAGGCUUUGAGUUUAAUUUAUCUCCGUCAGAUUUUUUUGUUGCCAUUUUUGCAUUUAUUUUUGACUGUUAAAAGUGUAGAGAGACAGGGAAAAGUGGAGAGAUGGGGUUUGACAUGUAACAAAGGUCCCCAGCUGGAGUCAGAUCAUGGAUGUUGGGGUAAUGUAAUAUGCACCUUAACCGUUCAGCAGUCAGGUCACCUCAUAGCUCCUGAUAAUAAAAUGUAUAUUUUUAGGUACUUAAUGGCUACUGAUGACUGUUUGGUCUUCCUCUCCUGUCUGGACAUGAACAGUUGUACUAAUUAGUAAAUAUUUGCACUGUAAUAAUAGCAAUGAUAAUAAUGUAAGAUGUUUUAAAUAUAAAUGUUAAUGUAACAUAAAUGAUGCUGUAUUUUAAAAAUGUGUUUUUGUAUUAUAUUUUUUAUGUGCUUGUAAAUGUGUUUAUGCUUAUGCAUUAAAUAAAAUAGA